AUGCUCGCAGCAGCUCCGACCCAUCAUGAAUCCGCAGAGCUUGAUUCUAUCACUCCACAAAUACGGCUGGCAGACAGUAAUAAUGUGCAAUCUUGGAAUGAUGCUGUCGGUUCAGACACUCGACAUCCUGCCACUGAAGCUAGUUUCGAUAGCACUAGUGCCAUUGAUAAUCUUGCUAGUGGAUAUAUGAUACUUGAGGAUGAUCAAGACGGUCCUGACACUUGUUUGGAUCAAAAUGCCAAUGAAUAUGAAUCGAUAAUUGACGAGAGUUCGGUUUAUGAUCCAGCAGAUUACCAGCAAGCACCACUUCCGUUAGAAUUGGAGAGCCAUCCAUCCCAUGAUAUUCCAGCAGCGGAUUUGGAUGUUAUCCGACAAGUCAUGUCGUCAAUCCAAUUGCCAACUCCUUCCUGGGCAAGUGCCAUUCCUGAGCAUAAAUGGCUGCCUGUUUUCAAAAGUAGUCCAGCUUCAAACAACCAGGAAUAG